AUUUUGGGAUGGGAGUUCCUUCCACCAUCGGAGGGCCAUCUUGUUCUGUACCGCUAGUGCCAGAAGACCUGAAAUUUUCCUCCUUUUUUGCCUGCGGAUUGUGGAAGGAAAUUUCAUAGAUAAUUUCCUGGGUCAUUCCUGUUGUGAGUGCGUAGCACCUUUUUUUUUGUCUACCCUUGGACCCGAGAAAUUCUACAAUUUGUAGCCGCACUUUUCGCCAGAUGGAACCACGUGAAAAACCCUACCCGACAUCAUCUAGUGCCAGAAGACCUGAAAUUUUCCUCCUUUUUUGCCUGCGGAUUGUGGAAGGAAAUUUCAUAGAUAAUUUCCUGGGUCAUUCCUGUUAAAUUCUACAAUUUGUAGCCGCACUUUUCGCCAGAUGGAACCACGUGAAAAACCCUACCCGACAUCAUCUAGUUUUUAUUCUGGGGGAAUCUGCGCUACUGGAGAUCCAUUGACACGAUUUCUACCAGGGACCUCUUUCCGGACAGAGACCCUUUUUCCACCAUAGGGAUUCUUACGUCAUCGGUUUUGAAGCCUUCCUCGCCCAUUUUAAAUUAGUUAGUCAAUAAGCUUUCGCAUUAAGGGAGAUCUCCUAGUUUGGCUGUAAAUGUAAUGUAAAUGUAUUGAUGUUAAUUUUAGCAAUUAUUUACCCACACAGAAAAUCUAUUGUUUGUAUGUAUUUUUGUUUUUGUUUCUUGUGGUUUUGGGCUAAAUAGUGCCUUUCAACACCAAGGCGUCUUCCAGUUUUGGCGGAUAAAAGCUGGUGGCGCCCCUAAAAAAUACCCCCCCUACUCUCCGGUGUACCUGAGCAUAGGGCCUAAUUUGCCAACGCUAAACCACGGCUUUAGCCUCAGUAAC